UUAAACACUCCAGCAGAAGCUCACAAAUUUUUACUUUGCAGAAGUCCUUGACUGCUUCACUCUCUCAUUCUUGGAAUGAAUUCAGAAAUGACUUUUGAUGACUUCAAGAACAAGACUAUGAAGGAUCAACCUGAUCAGGAGCCAAAUGGAAAGAAAGCUAAAGGUCUUCAUUUUCUUUCUUCUCGGUGGUGGUGCCCUAUGGCUGUGACCCUGGGGAUCCUUUGCUUGGGAUUACUGGUAACCCUUAUUAUACUGACAAUGCAAUUAUUACAGGUGUCUGAUCGCCUAAAGCAACAGCAAGCCAACCUCACUAACCAGGAAAUGAUACUGGAGGGACAGAUCUUAGCACAGUGCCAGACAGAAAAAGCUUCCCAGGAGUCAGAAAGGGAACUCAAAAAAAAGAUAGAAACCCUUACCCAGAAGCUGGAUGAAAAUUCCAAAAAACAGAUGGAACUUCAUCAGCAGAACCUCAAUCUCCAAGAGGCUCUGAGGAAAGCAGCAAACUUUUCAGGUCCUUGUCCCCAAGACUGGCUCUGGCAUGAAGAAAACUGUUACCGAUUUUCCUCUGGCCCAUUUAAUUGGGAAAAAAGCCAGGAGAAUUGCUUGUCUUUGGAUGCCCAGAUGCUGAAAAUUAAUAGCACAGAUGAUUUGGAAUUCAUCCGGCAAGCGAGUGCCCAUUCCAAUUUUCCGUUCUGGAUGGGGUUGUCUCUGAGGAAACCCAGCAGCUCAUGGCUCUGGGAGGACGGCUCUCCUUUGAUGCCCCACUUGUUCAGACUCCAGGGUCCUGUUUCCCAGAUCUAUCCUUCAGGCAGUUGUGCCUAUCUACAAAGAGGAGCUGUUUUUGCUGACAACUGCAUUUUAACGGCAUUCAGUAUAUGUCAGAAGAAGGCCAAUCUAUUGAGACCACAGUGAAGUCAAAGACUCUGGAAGAAGAAGAGAAGGAGAAUUCUCUUCUGGAAUUUAAGUUGUCCUUCAUUAAUGAGGUGCAAACUAUGAGAGGCCCGAGAACCGCUUGUUAUUAGCUGACGGCACAACUCCUUAGCAGAGACUGGGCUUUCGGCUGCCUAGCACUUUGAUAUCAGAAAUUUUAAUUCCGUCUUUCUCUCUUUCUGUGUUUUUCACCUAGCUUGUCCCAAGUCUCCCUGCCUUCUUCCCUUUUUUUAUUUUAAAGUCUUACUCCUCUUCAAUCCUCUACCUCAGUACCAUCUUCCCCUCACCUUCUUGAACCACAUAGAAGAUGG